AUGAAUGUCCUGCACUACAUAGUUGAGUACGGGUCCGAGAGUCUGUUGGCCGACGUCGUGAAGCUUGUCAAGGAGAAUAGACUAGAGGGCAUCGAGACGCUCCUAGUGACAGGAUCCGAGAAGAAGACAUCGCCAAUGGGCCUCAUUGUUGAAAAGAAGCAACUGGACAUGCUCCGGCAGUUGCUGUCAUCCCUCCCAGAGCUCAUGAUCGAGGAAGCCAUCAUCCAGCAAGCCAUCGAUGCCAGAAGGGACGAGUUUCUGCUCUUGUUCGCGCAGCUGCGGCCGCAGUGUGCCACGGUUCCAUUACUCAAGUCCGCUAUAGCCGACGCCAACAUCACGAUCCUGGAGGAGAUCCUGAGCCAUCGGAGCUCGUUUUUCUUUGGGCAUGGACUGCUGUCCCACGCCGUUGCAAGUGGCCAGGUAGAGGUGGUACGCACGCUGAUGAAGAAAUGUCCACAGCUCGCCAUAGAGUAUGACGGGGAGGACAAGCCGGCCCUCUCUCAUCUAGAGGAGAUAGCAGACUGUAACAGGCGAGAUGAGGUAAGGUCGGCGGUGAGCCCAUAUGUCAUUCGAAGGACAAGGUCGGAGCUGGAAGCGUCGUCCAAAGGAAGCGGCACAACGUCUGUGAUUGAGAUGAUUCGGAUGUGGUUGGCCGAACCAAAGGAUAGAAGAAAAGAGAUCAGCCUGGAUCUAGGCGGCUUCCAACAUUCCUCUCGGUCAAUUGAUCCUUUCCUCCGGAUGAUCAGAGCGUCAUCAACCAACAUUACCACGAAAGCCGCAGAGCUGAAGGUUGAGUUCGAGUCGACACUGCGAUACGUUGACAUUCCAAUACCAGAUUUCCCAGAGGCCCAGGCCGGUGGCAUGAAAAACACAGAACGUUCCGAGGCAAAGGUGAUUAUGGAAUGGCUGCGCACCAAGAAAGAAGUGACGGGCAUCUACGAGCUUCGAGUUCGGGACUCGCUCUUCUUUCCGCACAGCGAGGAAGCUAUCGCCCAGUGUCUCCACGGCUUUGAUGUUGAAAUGCUAGAUUGGAUGCGGGUGGACAUGUCAGCCAAGCCUUUGCUCAAGACUUGUCGUAACCUGAAGAAGUUGAUGCUGUAUGCUGGCAACUGGGCCACUCUGAGUUACUGGACUUCGGAAGAGGCUAUAGACGCGCUCUCGGGGUUUCCAGAGCUGAAAGAAGUGACGAUAUUCAUUCUUCCGGACCUGAUUGGCCCUGCCUAUGGUGCAACCUAUGAAUCAGAGACAAGAGAACGCCUCAACGCUGUGAAAAAGUCCAAGCCCUUCGAUUUUUCUGUAAAGCUUUCUCUGCGGUCAUGGUUCUCCUUGCGACGACGAAAAGAAGAAGCGCCUGUAUUAAAGAAGACCACCGCUGUGGAGCUUACCCAACUGGAGAGUUUCAUCCGGGCCUAUAGUAAGCUCCAGGAGGAACUAAAGGACGAGGACUUUGUUGAGGAAGUAAACCCGAUCUUGAAAGAGGAGCCCUAUAUCAGAGUGGCCGUCAUUGACACUGGCGUGGAUCCCAACUGUAUACAAUGCAGCCAGAUCAGCGGAGCGUCAUUCGUGUCCUCGGACAGCGGCGAGAGUCCUUGGUGGUUCUCCUAUCACCCACAUGGCACGCAGAUGGCAAAGGUGAUUUCAGAGCUCAACCCUCAUUGCAAGCUGCUAGUGGCCAAGGUUGGAGACUCGAACAUGGACAUGACGGUUGAGAGACUGAUCCGGGCUUUGAGAUGGGCAGUCGACUCGAAAGCAGACAUAAUCUCCCUCAGCUCAGCCGUGUUCAAGGCAGACACGAAUCUCGAGAUGGCAGUUCAAGAAACCAUCGCAGCCGGGGUCGUCAUCAUUGCAAGCACCGCGGGAGAAGCGUACAAGCAGCAAGAAGCUUACCCGGCCAACUACCCCAACGUACUCAAGAUCGCGGCAACCGACUCGAGAGGAAAAGCGACGGCUGAGAGCCUCGCAUCGCAAGCCCACUACAUGUUCCCGGGGGACCGGAUCUUGGCCCCGACAGCCUUUCUGGGGACAACUAACAAAGCGGACGAAAUAUCGGGAACUUCCGUGGCAACGGCGAUAGCUUCGGGGGUGGCUUCUCUGGUCUUGGCAUGCCAUCGGCUGUGCCUUAGCAACCAGGACCAGCAGGAGCCGUGGGAUAAGCAUUCGAAGCUAAAGCGGACGAUUGUGAAACGGGUCUUCGACACCAUGGUGGACAAUGAGGGCAAGUUUGUCAAGCCCUGGCUGUUCUUUAAUGAGGCGGAUCAGCAUAACUGGGGGGAGCCUUCAAGGACGUUGGAAUGGUUGGGGAACAAGAAAUUUUGA